UGAGUAGAGUUCACGAAAACCGAAAGGUUUACCAAUCUAUCACAGUUCAUGGACAAUAAGAGAAGCUUUCAAGAGUUCCUUUUUCUAUUUAAGCAUGAAGAUAAGCAGACCCUUUUGAUUCUAAUCUACAAUGUCGAAUCUGAAGAGGAGAGUAGGCGAAGCAGCUUGCUAGCCAGUCAUCGACCCAAGCAAGGUAGCCAUUGUUUGGGUUGCUAAACUGGUUAGCUCGCUAGCUAGCUAGCCAGUGGCAACAUAUUUAGUUAGAUUAACGAACUUGCUAGCUAGCUAAAUAAUGAAUGCAUUUAGUUCGCUACUACUGUCUUUCAUUUGUGCUAUUUUAUUGUGUCAAGCUAGCUAACAUACGGAGUAUUUGUAGUCUUGGGACGACAACCAUCGCCGGUGUACUCUUGCCAGCUAGUCUUGGGAUGCUGCUAAGCUUGGGGCUUCCUGCAUGAUGUGUUACCGUGGUGACAACGGAGAACACCCAUCCCCCUCUCCCUUCCCCUGGGCCGCCGCCCCUCCCACCCCCCCCUCCCCCUAAAGCAGUCCUGACCUCACCAAGAUGCCGGACAGAAAGGAGCCGCCUAUCUAUAACGACGACAGUGUGGGGACCUUCCAGUACAAGUUGCCAUUCUACGAGACCAUGGAGCUGUUCAUCGAAACUUUGACGGGGACCUGCUUUGAGCUGCGUGUCUCGCCCAUCGAGACUGUCAUCUCUGUCAAGGCCAAGAUCCAGAGGCUGGAAGGUAUCCCUGUUGCCCAGCAACACCUGAUCUGGAACAACUUGGAGCUGGAGGAUGAGUACUGUCUGCAUGAUUACAGUAUUGCUGAGGGCUGUACUCUGAAGCUGGUGCUAGCCAUGAGAGGAGGACCAAUCAACACCAGGAGAGUGCCUGUUGAGGACCCAGUGAAGGAUAUGGUGGAGGUAAUGGAGGGAGGCAGGGAGGAGGGCUGGGAUAAGAGUCUGCCUGGCAGCAAGCAGGUCACUUUCCUGGUGUACCGAGAGGGAGACCAGCUCAGCUUCUUCCGGGUCGUCGACCGAGGGGAUGGAACUCUUACCCCUGUCUCAGAAUCACUCAGUGGUGGCUCAGUGUUCAACAUGUACACAGAGGAGGAGGACGACGACGAGACGGGGGGCUUGGCUCUGGGACAGCCAUCCCUGGAGAACUCUAUCACCAUGAACAAGAUGAAGCUGCUCAAAGCCAAGAUGGAGGACAUGAACCUCAACAAGAAGCCUAAGAGGUCUGCCAAGUUGAAACCUCUGUCACCUGUCAGUGCCCAGCCCUGCAGCAACUUUCUGGGGCUCCCCAGACACCACCGCCUCUUCUGUGUCCUGCCCCACAUCAACCAAUCCCACCACUCCACCUCACACUUACCUCCAAUCAGGGACCAGGGAUCCGCAACUCCCUCUACUCCCGUUGCUACUACCUCCGCCACCCACCUGUCAAUCAGCGGCCAGGCACCGCCCUAUUUCUCUUCCUCGUCCUGUUACAUGCUUCAGGAAGAGGAGCCAUGGGAGACCAGCCCCAAGUCGAUCCGGCCCCCUCCUAAAGUGUCCCGGUUGGACAUCGGCAGCACCAGGCUCAUGAGGGACUGUGUGUAUCCGCAGCUCCCUGCACUCCCCAGCAGGGGGCAGGCUGAGGGGACAGUGGAGCUGCCUGACUCCAGAGGAGAGGCACUGGGGCUGGAGUUGCUGGAGGAGGUUGCAAGCCUGCUGGAGCCCACACCGCCUGGAGCUCUGUACGGAAACCUGCUCACAGACCCCCUCAUCCUGGACAUCUCUACCCAGCCAGAGGAGGGGUUGGAUGGGGUAGGAGCCCUGGGGUUUGGAGCAGAGCUCUCCUCCACCCCCUCUCUCCUCUCCCAAGCUGAGGGGAUGAACUCUUUAAACAACUGGGCUAUGGGUGGUUCUGAUAGGUUAGCCUGCAAAGGUCAGAGGACACAGUUACUAGGCAACACCCUUGAUCAUUUACCCGACUCUCCUUCCCCCUCUUCAUCUUCCCCCUCUAGUAGAUGGAAACUACCACAACCCUUUGAAUUCACAGGCUCAGUAACGCCAACCCUACAAUCCAAUCCCCCCUCCUCCCGCCCCACCACUCUCUUCUCCCCUGCUCCACCUCUCCCCUCCUCUCUUCCACAUGGCUCUCAUCUGCGAGGCAUCAAGAUGGACUCCCCAGGCAAGCGGCCGGAGAUGAGUAAAAGUGAGGCACGGGACAUCACCAAGCUGGCCAACCAGGCCUGUAAGUACCCUCUCGGGUCCCUCAGCAACACAGAGCUCCUGGCCUCCCUGUCCUCUUCCUCCAGGACCCCAGUCAGCAGCAGCAGGGGAGGCCUGGGACAGAGCCUGGGAUUUGGGUUGGAGCUGCCCGCUGUUGGGGCCUCCAGGCUGGGCAUGCUAGGCUCUACGGCCCCCUCCCUACAAGCCAACAUCCAGCUGCUCCAGGAGGACCUGAUCCGACGGAUGUCCCCACUACACAGAGCGAACGCCUCUUACAUGGCACCCAACAGCCUGGGAUCAGCUGGAGGCUCCAGUUCAAUAAGGAGACCAGUUCUCCAGCUGUAUCCACUGAAAGCGCACGAGGUUCAAGGCACGGGGCACGGGAUAGGCCGCAGAGCCGCGCACAGAAGACUGACCUAUCCCAUGGGGAAGAGAGGAAGGGGGAGGCGGUGGACCCCCACCCCGCCACACUCGGUAGCACAGAGCAACACUUUAAGGGGCAUUGCACUAAUAAUGGCGCAAACUUGGGAAACGUUUUCGCUGUUCCUAGUGCCAGUCUGCACGUUCAAACUAAAACAAUGUAACUAAUAAUGGUAUCUUUAUGUUUUCGUUAAUAAAAUGAUGAUAAAAAUACUUUCCCAAAAUGCCGACGUUCAUUUAGUUAUGGAUCCAUAAUGAAUUACUAUGGGAAUAAAUAUCACUGAAUUACAGAAAUAUUGGAUCAAAGUUGCCGAAUGAAGGUAAAUAAAUUGUUGCUUACUGGAAAAUACUCUUUUAAACACACGGUCACGUUGUACAGCACAUUUAUGGCUAUUAGCAGGUAGCUGGACAAUACUUGCCUAGAAGUAGGGUAGGGGGAGAAUUCUAUCGUUAAAUGUAUUUCUUAGUUAAAUUGGCUGUAUCCCAACCGGCCGUGAUUGGUUGCAAUUUCACUUUAAUCCACCAUUAAAGACAAAACAUAUAAUACAACAAAAAUUAUUAUAAUUUUGUAUCACAUCCAACUGUGAUUGGGAGUCCCAUAGGGCGGUGCACAAUUGGCCCAAUGUUUCGAUCACUUUAAAAAAUAAUAAUAAUAAUAACCUCAAUUAUCGUUACAUAUUAUCAAGUUGAUGGCACAGUCAGCGGCAUCUACAUAAAGCUGAGUGACUCACUCAUUCAUGGCUUUGGAUCAAAAUCAACAAAUACCAACAUUCUUUCUAAUAGACUUUAAUAAAGAAAUGUUUUAGUUAUCCUGACCUGGACACCAUGUACAGUAUUAUAAUAGCCCAUUAUGGGACAAUAUACUGUCGUCACGUUGUGUUAGUUAAUGUGACGACUGUUGCUCAUCGAAUGUUUCUAAUUACGCGAUUAACUGAAUCAAGCAAUUAUUAACUCAUAAACCUGGGGCACCAUGGGAAAAACUAGUUUUUAUUGAGUUUCUAUUCACACACGUUUGUGCACACACAAUGUCCUAUACACACCAUGCAAUGAGCCAAGGACAGGCUUGCAGUACAUCUUUGAGAUCGGCUACAUUGCAGUCGGCCUGCACAGAUCACUGAUCUGCAAAUGACCUUGCAUCCGAAAUAACAACUCAUUAUGUAAUCAAGAUGAGCGAUUCUAUUUCUCAAUUUGCUCAAACUGAUUCUCUUCAAAUAGCUCGUCUUAGUGUGGCUGGCCUUUGGGAACGCACCAGUGUUUCCUCUUGAAACAUUUGUAGCAGUGGGGGAAAAGGUCAUCUAGGUGCGGUCCAAGGAGGGGUCCCUCUCCCCUUGUUUUGGGGGUCUGGGGUCUCCCCAGAGUAAUUUUUAUGUAGGACUGAGAAGCUCAGUUCUGGUGAAUUUUAAAAGGAUGCUGACACCAUCUAAAAUAUAAUUUCCACCUCUAGAAAUUAUCCCAAUAAAUUGUUAAAGUAGCAAUGUGUAAGUUAUUGGGCGACCCGACCAAAUUCACAUAAAAAUGUGAGUUAUAGAUCUAUCUUUCUACUUUUAAGCAAGUCUACUAAGCGGUAUGUUGCUAUUUCUAUGCUUCCUGUUAAGUUUUGUUUUUGCAUCUUUUACUUUCGGUUUUGACAAACCAGCUGAAACAACUGUUUGUUAAUGAUGGUACAAUGAUUCUCUACACUAUACUAGCUUAUUUUGUCACAUAAACGAUUAGAGUUUUAGCAACCAGGAAAUGGUUUCUAAAUGGUUGCAGAGCGAUUUCUUCUUCUUAGUGCAAUUUUAACAUAUUGGACCAUGCAUAUAGCCAAUACAUGGUCCAUAUUAUUAGGUAUGCUAUUAGCAAUAAGCAUUAUCACAUGUAGCCCAACUGAUGCAAUCACAUUUUAUUGGCUGCAUACACAUAUUUAAGCAGAUGUUAUUGUGGGUGUAGUGAAAUGCUUGCAGCAUGGUGGCUAUAAAUAAAUAGUCUGACGCAUGGCCUUUGUCCCUUUAGUCAGAUUACAACUGUUCACUUUCAGGUAUUUGAAAACUAAAUAAUCUCCAAAGUGUAGUUAUUUUGAAAGUUGUUUGCAAUUUCAGUUUAAUCCACCUGAAAAGAAAUAACAAAUAAUACAACAAAUAUUGUGGUUGAACUAAAUAGAUAAACCAGACAAUAGAUACACCAGACAACUCCGUAGUAGAAUGCUUUUUCUAGUCAUUACUUGUGUUGUUUGCAGAGGGAAAGUAAAUGUGGACUGUUCUAGCAUCCUCAAAGUGCGCCUCAAAAAAUCUUUUUUUCAUAUUCCAUUUUUUGGGGGAGCGUGGCAGCAGUGAUUUUGCUGUGGCACAGCGCCACAGCUAACUGACUGCAGCAGAAACGGUGUAGUACACACUGUAAUAGUAUAUCAGAGCAGAUUAGUGAGGAGGACAUAACAUCCAAUCUCAUGGCCCAUUGCCUACCUGGUUGGGAGAUUCUCCUGUCUGCUGUGUCACACUAACCUCUGUUUAUAUUGGUCCUGUUACGCCUGGGCUUCACCCCUAUAUCUCGGUUUGUCUUUUUCUGUCUCUCUCUCAUUCUUGCUCUCUCCUGGUCUUGCGCUCUCACUUUCUCUGGCACUCUCUGUCUCUCGCUCUCUGUCUCUG